AUGACUCAGACCAACCGUUUAUCUAAACUUGUGAAAGCGACUUCUAAAUUCCCUAAAGGCAUUCGUAGUACGCUCUGGAGUAAGGCGUUUGGUCGAGUUGUGCCUAUGGUGGGCACAGCCAAUAUUAAGUACCUAGAAGUCAGCCAUUCAAAAGUUGUGGUGGAAAUUAAAAACCACCGUGCCAUGCACAACCAUAUUGGACAAUUACACGCUGUUGCAAUGGCGUUGAUUGCUGAAACAGCAACAGGCUUUGUCACAGGUGAUAUGACAGCAACAGCGACAUUGAGCAAAGAACAAAUUUUAGAAAUGCAAAGCUCUGAAAAAGGUGAAACGCUGGUUCCAGUCACCAUUAUGGAUGAGUCUGGAAAAGAGCCUGUAGAAUGCCAAAUGGCGGAACAGAACAGCCUACAAGUGCUCAAAUUGAAGAAGCUGCACGUGCUGCAGGUUUGGACUAUGUAUUUCUACCUGUCGUUGCUGGUCAAAUCACAGAAGUUGAUGUCAGAAGCUUUGCCAACCGCUUUAACGAGCUUCCAAAACCAGUACUCAUGUUUUGUCGUACAGCUUAAAGCAGAUGGUUUAAAUAUUGUGACUGAACUCAGUCCAGCACCCACCUUCCAUCCUGCCGAAGAAUAUCAUCAAAACUUCUUUGCCCGUAAUCCUGCGCAAGGUGGAGACGCGAUUACUUCAGCAGUGGUCUUUGGUAAAGUUAAUGGUAUCGAUGGGUUAGCAACGGUAGCUGUCACCAAGAAGAUGAUCAUCAAUACCAACAUAAUAUCGAUCAGCGGAAUGAGAUUCAUCUCAUUCAUGCCAGAAUCGUUGUCUUCUCCCAAUUGA